AUGCAAUCGAUCAUGCCUCCUCAGAGGGAUGCUCAACACAGUCACCAUGACUACUCAAAAUUGCCUCAGCAUGUUGGAGAUACCAUUCUACCCAAUUUUUCCAUAUUCAAUCGUCUUCUUUUCUUUGCUGGCAAUCGCGAUAAUCUCGUGGUCAACGACGUCACGAAUGGCCUGAAAGCAACGCAUCGACAGCUCCUCUCUGAUGUAUUGCACCUCCGUAAUGCACUCCAGGCGCGUUUGGAUCCCGAUACUAGACGCCGUCUUUUGCAAGGCGAUGAAGUUGCUAUAAACCUACUUGCAUCGGGAAGCUAUGAAUUCGCGACUGCGUUCCUCGCAUUGCUUGCCUUGGGCGCGGUAAUCGUGCCGAUUUCUGUCAAUGUACCUCUUGAGGAAGCAAUGUACUUCGCCAAAACCUCUCGAUCAGUCGCUAUCGUUUGCUCGACGAAAUGCGCAAAGCUGGGCAAUGAGCUUGCCAGCGCUAUGAAUGCAUCAAGGAUGCCCGGGUUUAUCUCUAUGGAGAUCCGUCCGCAUAUUUGCAAGCCCCAGAUACCUGUCGCUCAGAUGGCUAUCUCGUCAGACCACUUCCUUGACUACCUCGGAGCGGGACUGGUGAUCUUUACCUCGGGGACAAGCGGUCCGCCGAAGGGUGCCAUCAAACGGCGCUCAUUCCUUGACAUGAAUGCCUCAGCAAUCGCACAAUGGUACCAUCUCCAGGAAACGGACGUGGUCCUACACACUUUGCCUGUGCACCAUGCCACGGGAAUUGGCAUUAGCUUCAUGCCCUUUCUCCUCGCUGGCUCAGGAAUCGAGUUCCAGUCAUCUGGGUUUGACCCAGCUCAGAUCUGGGAGCGCUGGCGACAGGGCGGUCUCACCAUCUUCUCUGGUGUUCCUACCAUGUACAUGCGCAUGAUGAGAUACUUCGACGAGAACAUCUCCAAGCGGUCUCCCGCGGAAAUCCAGUCUUAUAUGGAUGCGGCCAGGUCGUUCCGGAUAAUGAUGUCGGGUAGUGCGGCGCUGCCUUUCUCGCUACAGACUAAGUGGAUCAAGUUGCUGGAUGGCAAGCGGAUUCUGGAGAGGUAUGGGGCUACGGAGUUUAGCAGUGUGUUCAGUGUCAAGCCUGGUGAUUCGAAGAAUCCAGAUGGCUCCGUGGGAAAGGUCUUCUUUGGUUUGCAGGUGAAGCUGUCUGGUGGAAACGAGGGAGAAGUGCUAGUGAAAAGCCCGCACAUGUUCAGAGAGUACAUGUACAACCCCACCGCUACCGCUGCCGCCUUUACCUCGGAUGGUUUUUACAAGACUGGUGAUAUAGCCCGCCGUGAGGGAGACUACUACUUCAUUCUUGGACGGGCAUCAAUAGACAUCAUCAAAUCAGGUGGCUACAAGAUCUCCGCUCUGGACAUUGAGCGCGAGAUCCUCGACCUCCCCUAUAUCGGCGAGGUCAUGGUAGUCGGAGUUGAAGAUGAAGAGUACGGACAGAAAGUUGCCGCUGCAAUUACCCUGAGAGAUGGCGUCUCAUCUGUGUCUUUGGAAAAGCUGCGGGCGGAUCUUCGCUCGCGCCUGGCCGGGUAUAAAUUGCCCACGAUCCUACGUGUGGUGGAUGAAUUCCCCAAGAGUGCAUCUGGAAAGGUUGUGAAGAGAAUUUUGGGCAAGAAGUUCUUCUCGCAACUCGACGAUCCGAGUAUCCAGACCUGGCGGUCUCGACAGUCUAAGAUUUAG